UUGUUGACUUCAUCUCCUCAACAACCAACAACAACAUCCCCCCAACUUCCUCCUCUAUAUAUCUUACUAUAUCUAUCCCUUGUCCGUCUCACCUGAGCUUUCUCUCUUUUCCUUUUGUACGAAUCAUUCAUAUCUCUCUACGUUGUCUCUCGCAUUCUCAUACUCAGCGUGGUCUCGCCUGUGGAUUCACCAAAAGUGGGCCGUUUCAUCCGUUGCCUCCACAACAACCCAUGAGAUAUCCUCCAGCCUCCUCGCCCGCCUCGCCAUUUUACUAGUAAACCUCCCUUUCUCCAUCCUGGGGUCCCUGGCAAACCACCCAUCUCAUUUCCUCUUUCCAAAUUAGAUACUCCGUAUAUACAGACGGAUAUAUAUUUAUUUCUCCUGCGAAACACGACAUCGUCGCGUCUCUUGCUUGCCAAUUGCUUGGUUCUCAGUGCUACAGUAAGCAGAGACCCGCCCGCGCGAGCAGCCCGUCCCUCGAUCCGCUCGAUUGCUACGAUUGUGACGUGGCCUCUAGUCUUCGACCUUUUCGUCGCUCACCACCUCUCUUUGAAUAUUUGUCAUCUUUGCAACACAUAAUCCUUUUAAAUAUCCAUAUCGACUUGACUCACUCUCUCCUUUUAUCUACGGCUUCCUUCCCUAUCUUGUCGAUGGCGGCCAUGACGACGAGGGAAACUGAAGAGAGGUCUUCCCAGUGCUCAUUAGCACCCGCGGCAGAGAUUAAGGUCCCGAGCACGCCAAUUCCUUCUAGAGCAAGCCUAUCAGCCUCUCCAGAUAAGCCAGCCAUCAACCAAAACCACAAACAUUCCAUGCCUGAGAAACUCCGCUCAUCUCCCCCGCCAAAAUCUUCUUCCAACAUGACCCCUCCUCCAACAACAACAACACAACAGAUGGGCAAUGCUGCGGCUACUCCAUUCCGUCGUCCACGCUCAGACUCAGACGUCUUCCUCGCAUCACCGCCCGCCACCAUUGACCAAACGCUCUGCGUAGCUUAUGGAGCUUCAGCGGAUCUGCCAUCCUCGAGAGAUAUCGACAACGCAGAUGAGGCGCAACUGCGAAAAGUUGCGAAGGAUCUCCUUGUAUUUGCACAGGAGUUUCGCAUGUCAGCAGCUCACUUCAAGCUCCAACACAGUCUCUUGUGCCUCACCAGCAGCGAGGCGAUCAAGAGAGCCGAGGUGGAGCAGAAGCUUGCACGAAGAGAAGUCGAGAUUCUGCAAAGUGUAGAAUAUCGCCAUCGGCGCGGCCUCAGCCUGGAGAAAUCCCCUGAACUCUCUCCCAAGACGCCUCAGCCAGACGCAACAAUGAGACGGAUCAAGGAGCUCGAGGACGCAAACAUCACACUGGAACGCCGCCUGCGACGAGCCAAACGAAUCAUCGAGGGAGAAACGGAUAAAAACGAGCUGCUGUGCGAAGAGAAUAGCCGUCUUAAGAAGCGCAUCCGUGAAAAUCGUGAGCAUUUCACUCUUAUGCUGGACCAUGGAUCUCUGAUGCCCAGUCCACAACCCGAAUUUCUCACUCCGCAAAGAAAGACUACCUCCACUCGAUACCCAGAUAGUGCCCGUAGCCAUGUUAGCAGAGUUGGCAGCCAGGAUCCGAUUGCUGCACUACUUGCAGCUGGCCAAGUUCUACACGGAGAAAAUGUCAGCGUGCACUCUACACCAUCACGAAAUCACAUUCACAAAUCCAACAAUCACCAUCACCACUCCCACUCUCAACCCCACAGCCACAACCCCGACCAGGAGCACACCCGCGUAAACCACUCCGUGUCCUCCCUCCCCGUGUCUUCCCUCCCCGUAACCCCGCAACGAUCCCGCACCACAGAAUCCCGAGGCCACUUUUUCACUCCAAUCAACAAACGGACCCCAGACUCCCGCCACAGCCACGGUCACAACCACUCUGUCUCGAUCUCACGCCGUGAGCGUGACGAACGUGGCCGCCACGAUCGCGAUAGCACAAUAUCCGCUUCCGAAGAUGACAAUGAAGCACUUACCGACGAAGACGUCCCCGCCUCGCAAGCCAGCUCACUAGCUACGAGCAUGCUCCGCCGAUACCCCGGCAGCAGCCAAGAACAACAACUCCAGCACCAGCACCAACAACAACAACACAGUUCGAUGUCCUCGAAUCUUUCUAAAUCCAGUUCGACCCUGCAAACAAAGCUAUUUGGGCAGGUUAAGAAGGCCGGUGUUGAGCGAGGCGGUAGUGGAGAAAAUGGUAAUAAUAGCCUGAAGCGGAAAGCUGCUGGUAAUGGUUAUGCCGGCGAGAAGGAGAUUGCGACGAAGAAGCUACGGGCUGGAGAGGCGUUUGGGCUUGGGAUUCAACCUUGAUUCUUUUUUUUCUUUUUUCUUUUUUUCCGUCUUGUUUCUUUUCCACUUUAUUUGUUUCCUAUUGAUGGUUGUUACGAAUCUUUUCUCUUGUUUGUCCUAUGGUCCAUUCUUUUCCUUUUCUCCUUUGUCCAUGGAAUAUGAUGUUUGAAAAUGUGUCUGCUUUGCUCUCACCCUUUUCGACCUGGGUUGUUUGAAUGGGGAUACUUUGGCUUAUGACUUGAUGAAAACUUUCAUGAUGUUCUUUUUUGUUUAAUAAUUUCUCUGUUGUGCUUUUCCUUUUAUUAUGCUUUGUGAUAUGCAAUUGUAACAAUCAGGAUUCAGCUGGUGGUUUUGUUAUGACUUGUGAAUUUGCUCUCUCUUGUUCUUUGAAUGGGGGAGCUUUUGUCUUUAUAGUUGUCAGUUUUCUUUAUGUCUUGAGUUUGUUCACUUCUUGGGAUGAAAUCUGCUUGUUAAUGAUGAUAUUCUUGUGAGUUUUCACUGUUUUUGUGUCUGUGCAGUAUUUUGAAGUCUACUGUACAGAGUACUCUGAGAAGAGAUCUAUUAUUAUUAUUAUCAUCAUUCUUCUUCACAUUGUCACUGAUCAAUCUGUAAGUAAAAAGACUAUAAUAGUCACUCUGCAGUAUCAGUAAGAGUAAGAUAAAUAAGAUAUACAACAUUUGACACUCA